UGUUUUUUUUUUUUUUUUUUUUUUUUUGCUGCUACUCACAUGCAUGGAAUGUGUCUGACACGUGUUGAUACCACACCUGGCGCCGUGUGUCUGUGUGUAAAGUGAAAUAAUACUUUCAUUUGCCUCAUAAUGGCUGCCUUCUUUUAUGUAGCCGACCUAUGCUAGCCUGAUGAUGCAUUCAAAGACCGUCAGGUGCGGGGGAACUCGUGUGUAUUUGUAAAGAAACUCCACAAGAACUUUCAAGAAAGGCCCUGUGGUGGCGACGAAGGAACAAAAAAAAAGUACAAGUUGGAAAGAUCAGAGUCUCCUCCUGUGGACUGGCAGCAACCGGGGCAGAGGCAGCAGCUGUGGGAAGUGUCCACUCCCGAGCACCGCCCUUCCACACCGGCUGACAUCCAGCAGUCAUCCAGCAGCAAGGACCUGGGAGGGAAGUGUCUUUCGGUCCUGAACAUCUUGAAGCAGAACUACUCCCCUUCUGGCUGAGAGCUUGACUUAAUGUCCAAAUAAACGGGGCAUGAUGGUGCGGGCCAAGCACAGGGUGUAGCCACAUCUGGCAGAGCGCUUGCGAGAAGCACGAGCCUCGGCACACCCAAGCAUCCACCACAGUCUUGGAGAGAUGGGAGAGACGGAGGAGGAGAGGGAAAACAACUCUGGGAAGCUCUUUGAGGACUUCAUCCAGGCUUCCACCUGUAAGGGAACCUUGCAGGCCUUCAAUGUCCUAUGUGGACAGCUGGACCUGGACCCUGCCGACAGCAACCUCUACUACAGUCUGAAGGCUAAUGUCACCUCCUGGAAGGCCAAAGCACUAUGGAGCAAACUGGACAAGAGGAUGUCCCACAAGGAGUACCAGAAAGGUCAAGCCUGUGCAGGAACCAAGUGCCUCAUCAUUGGAGGAGGUCCGUGCGGCCUGCGUACAGCCAUCGAGCUAGCCUUGAUGGGCUCCAAGGUGAUGGUGAUCGAGAAGAGGGACUCCUUUUCCAGGAAUAAUGUGCUGCACCUUUGGCCCUUCACCAUUCAUGACCUGAGGGGCCUCGGGGCCAAAAAGUUUUACGGCAAAUUCUGUGCCGGCGCCAUAGAUCACAUCAGUAUCAGGCAGCUGCAGCUCAUGCUGUUGAAGGUGGCCCUUAUCGUUGGAGUGGAAUUUCACAUCAAUGUGGAGUUUGUCAAGCUGCUGGAGCCUCCCGAGAACCAGGAAAAUGAAAGGAUCGGGUGGAGAGCUGCAAUCCGACCUGCUGAUCACCCCGUGGCUGACUUUGAGUUUGACGUUGUGGUUGGGGCGGACGGGCGCAGGAACACGCUGGAAGGUUUCAAAAGAAAAGAAUUUCGCGGUAAACUGGCGAUUGCCAUCACCGCCAACUUUGUCAACAGGAACACGACGGCAGAGGCCAAGGUGGAGGAGAUCAGUGGUGUGGCCUUCAUUUUCAACCAGAAGUUCUUUCUUGACCUCAAAGAUGAAACAGGCAUUGACCUGGAGAACAUUGUGUACUACAAGGACAACACACACUACUUUGUCAUGACGGCAAAGAAACAGAGCCUGCUGGAUAAAGGAGUUGUUCUCAAUGAUUACAUGGAGACGAACAGGCUGCUGAGCCGUGAUAACGUCGACCAGGAAGCACUUCUGUGCUAUGCCAGAGAGGCUGCUGACUUUGGCACCAACUACCAGCUACCCACACUGGAGUUCGCCAUAAACCACUGCGGGCAGCCAGACGUGGCAAUGUUUGACUUCACCAGCAUGCACGCCUCUGAGAACGCCGCUCUCGUCAGGGAGCGAUUUGGACACCAGUUGCUGGUUGCUCUGGUGGGCGACAGCCUGUUGGAACCCUUCUGGCCCAUGGGGACGGGCUGCGCCAGAGGCUUCCUGGCUGCCUCUGACACAGCCUGGAUGGUAAAGAGCUGGGCUCAGGGUCGAACAGUUCUUGAGGUGCUGGCAGAGAGGGAAAGCAUUUACAGAUUGCUGCCACAGACGACACCUGAAAACAUCACCAAAAACUUGGAACAGUACACCAUCGACCCAGCAACGCGAUACCCAAAUCUCAUGUCCUCGUGUGUCAGGCCUCUUCAGGUGCGUCACUUGUACUUGAGUGGAGAAUUGAAUAGCUGCUCUUUGGAGCGUGCCGCCUCCAUCCGUCGACCUAUCUGCAGACGAGAUUCUGAGAUCAGACCGGCAAGGCUUCUCACAUGGUGCCAAAAACAGACAGAGGGCUACCGAGAUGUAGCGAUCACUGACCUCACAUCCUCUUGGAGAAGUGGCUACGGCCUGUGUGCCCUGAUUCACAGGUUCAAACCCCAACUGAUAGACUUUGAGUCACUCAAUGAGGAAAACCAGGCCACCAACCUCCAGCUGGCUUUUGAUAUCGUAGAGCGGGAAUUUGGGAUCCGACCUUUCGCAUCUGUGAAAGAGCUGAGUGGUUCCCUGGAGCUGGAAAAGACCAAAAUGAUCAGCUACCUUUCCAAGAUAUACGAACUCUUCAGAGGCACACCUUUACCAGAUGAAGGCUCCAGAAGAGUGGAUCAAAACAGUGAAGAUUAUCCAUCUCAGGAAGUCCAAAGUAUUAAUAAUAUUCUUAAUCUUGCUCUGCCAAGGAAACGUGUUCCGAAGGAUGAGAAGAAGUCAGAUGGUACAGACCCAAUUUACAAAAGGAGGAGAACAUUUUGCACUUACUUGGACAAGGCCACCAAUGUGUCUACUAAAGGCUCCUCAGUAUUAAACGGAAAGGAACCCAAAGAGAACAGAGUGCGCUCCAUGGCCACACAGUUGCAGGCCAAGUUUGACAGUAAUUCAAGUUACAUCCAACGCAAACAGUCAGACUGUGAGAGAUCAUCUCCUGUUCAUAGUUUCGGACCUGCUGAGUGCGUGCACUUAAAAGUAUCGCCUCCUGUUCCGCCCAAACCGCCUCCUGAAUUGCAGUUUCAAGUCCGUAUCAGACAUGCAGCACAAAAGUUGGUAUUUGUGCCAGGCGAGGCACGAGACAAAGACCAGCAGCUGCCGCCUCAGCCCGAGUGCUUCUUCUCUGUUGUGAAGCUCAGACAUGUGGCUCAGACAUAUGAACGGGCCAAGACCCCGCCAGAACCAGAGAGUACAUCAUGCACCACACCCUCUGUCCACUCAACAGUUACGUUCAUGUCGAGAGUUCUGCAGCGCCUCAAGGAGGUGGAUGAACUCAUCUGUGAGAAAAAAGCUCAGUCACAACAAACUAGAGAGUUUCAGUCAAAGAGCAUAAAGGAAAAAGCAAAUCACCUCAGCGGGUUGAUCUCAGCGGACAGAUCUGUUGUUAUCAAGGGCAACUCAGUCCAAAAGACGUUUCCCCAGUCGAGUGAAAAGUGUCACUCCUGUGAGCGGCGAGUUUAUUUGGUGGAGAGGAUUUGUGCGGAGGGAUUGUACUUCCACAGGGAGUGCUUCCGCUGUGCCAAGUGCAGCUCUACCCUGCGCCAGGGAUCACACGCCUUUGACUCUCAACAUGGAAAAUUGUACUGCAAGCUUCACUUUGGGCAACGUCACAAUGGUUUGCAUAGGAAUCUGUCUGCCUGCUCAGAUCCUUUUGAAAGCCAAGUUCAAAGGCGAUGUGCAGCUAAUGAAGAGGACGUCGCCUCGUCCCGAGCGUCGGAGCUGCAGAGCCGACCUGCAGCAGGUACCUUCAGCUCUUUCGUAAGGAAGCAGCUGAGCUGGCCGCUGAGUGUGGCGCACGCGGUGUGUAGCGCCCCGCGCCGUGUCUCCCGCCGUGUACGCAGUGCAGCGCGGGCGGUGGCUGGACACCUGAGGGACAAUGUCCAGGACUAUGUGUUCAUGUAUGAGCUACUGAGCAUGAGCUUGCCCCUGCUGCUGGUUUUAUUCGACGUUCUGCUGCAGAUCCAAAUGGAGGCCGUGCCGAGCAGGCAGGGCUCUUUAAUGUUGUGGCUGCAGGAGCAAGCCGGCCUCAUCUAGAUGCUCAAAUCUCACGGGAAAAAAACGUCAAGAUGCUCAUUAUUUCAAACGCAGAUCAGCACACCUCUAUGGAGAAUGUGUUGAUUUCAAGGUAGCAUCAAAUAUGUGCAGAAAGAUUCAGACCGGUAACACAAUCACACUCAUAAACAGGCUUUAAGACAUUUCCUAAUCCUACAAAUGUAUCAAAAGUCAUAAAUAGAACGUUAAAAACAGACUUCCAAAUGCACACUCUGGAUCAAGUCUGAUUGUUUUUAAGCCUGCACACACAUUGCAUUUUUUCUGCAGACAAAGGGCAGAUUUUUAUACAUACUGCUGGUUUUGGUUUAUAUGGCAAUGUGCACGUUCUUACUUAUAAUUCUCCUUUUAUUAUUCGGCAGUUGAAUAGCUUCUUGUUGAUAAAUCCAGGCCAAAAGCAAGUUGAGAUGCCAGGCUGCUAAAAUGUCAAUUGCUGGAUGUUUCUAUGACUGAUCUUACAGCACAGCUGAGGUCAUAAUGACUUACUGCCUUCAUGCACUUUAUCAUUAGGAAACUGCCUUCAAGGUUUAGCAGCAGCACCAAAGAGUGGAUAAAGGUCUGCUGUGAUCUCGCCCAUUUUAUUAUUUUUUAAUUAUUAUUAAUACUGUGGACUCCUCAGUGUUUGGUUUGUACUUUGCUGCCAUCUACUGUUUACUCAGCAAUGCGAGGGUGUGAAACUGAACCCUCUUCUUUCAAAGAGAACACUUUACAUGAGAGUUAAAUAAUUUCCAAAGACUAUCUUUUUACUGUAGACAAUAGAGAUGGGCCUUGUUGCCACUCUUGCUCUAACCUUUUUAUCCACGCUUUCAUGUUGCUUCCUUUCACAUCUAUAGAUGCUGACUGAGAUUUUUUUUCCACAACUUUGAAGUGUUUACAACAUUACUGUUACUUUACAUGCCACAUGACUGAAAUAACUAACUGAGCAGAAUAUCCCUUAGUCUGAGUAAUGUUUGCAUCCAUGAUUAUUACAGUGUAACUUCAUCUUUCUAAAAGUAUGUGAUUUUUUUUAAACACAUUCUGCUUCCGUGUGGUUUUUGUUGUGUGUCUAUAAUGUGUUGUCAAUACUUGUCUUUCCC